GUCAUCAUGCGCAAGAGUGCCACGGAGGUUUUAUCUAAAAGCAGCGACAAGAAUAGAAGCAGAAGUCAGAGCACUGUCCAGCCACUGCACUUCCUCGUGCACAAGCCCGGCUGCCACUUCGAGAGCUGCUGCGGCGUCUGCAACCUGUUCCCGGGCGUGCUCCUCAUCGCCUUCGCCCAGGUGCUGGUGGGAGCUGUCUUGCUGACGCUACUGACGUCUCACGGUCGGCAGUACGAUGAGAUUCACCAUACACAAUCUACGCAGCUAAUCAGUUUGGCCACCGGCGCGGUGUUGAGUGGAGUCACUGGUGCUGGUCUCCUGCUGAUCGUGGUAGCGCUCACCGAAAACUGCAAGGCCAUGCUGGUGUACCUGCUGGUGGCGUUGAUAGUCAUGAUGGGCAUCGCCACGCUGGGGCUCUUCAAGAUCAACAGAUCAUGCGGCCACUUUAAAGAUGCACCUAAAAUAAAAGACGAGCAACAUCGGCUAGCUAACCUGGCGUGCGUCAGCGGUCUGCUCACGUUUUUCGGUGCCGUGAUAUACUUCUUCUCUUUUGUGGUGGUGUUCAGCUUCUACCACUUCAGAUACGUCCGCCGCGCCAUCAUGCUACACGAGGCCGAGUGCGAGUAGUGCGAGUGACGCGAGGCCCACGGCCGAGU